AACAACAAUAAACGCUUGAAGGCUUGUUGUAGGGUAUAACAGGGAAACAUACAGUAAAUACUCAGGACUCAAAGUAAUCCCAUUUCACAGUACAAGUAAAAAAAGACGUAACUCUGCCAUGAAUACAAAGGAUUAAUUAGAUCCGACAAAAAGGUUGACAGUUUGCUAGAAUGGCCCUUCUGCUAGCUGAAAGUUUAAUCACUAAUGGACUUGUGUGUGACGCCUGCUAGUCUGUUCGACACCGGAGGGUUCCAUUUCGCCUUGGUUCGUACUCUAAACAUCUGUGUAAAAUACUCGAUAUUCUCAGGGGCCAAAGAAGAGACUGCUGAUGCGGUGGAAAAAGUGUCGCCAUGUUUCGUCGCUCGGGUCCGAUAGUGCUGCUAUGUUGUCUUUUCGUCUGUGUCAGUGGAAAGUGUGACUUGAUGUCCGUUCUGUUCACCGAUUAUGACAAGUCACAAAGACCUCACACUGAUGGCCCGCCUGUCGUUGUGGAUUUGUCUAUUUACGUCAGCUCGUUUGGGAACAUCGAGGAAGCAAACAUGGAAUACAAAUUUUUUGGCUAUUUCCGUCAGUUCUGGAAGGACGAGCGUCUGGCGAAUCGCGUUAAUCACAGCGUGAUACUCAAAGGUGACGAGAUUUCCCGGAUGUGGAGACCAGACCCCUUCUGCUACAAUGCGCGCAAAUCCAGCCUUACCGACGCUGACGCGGAUAUCAACAGCAUGGUCACGAUUCAUCCGAAUGGGGACGUGGUCUAUAGCAGAAUGACCAUUAUCACAGCCGAAUGCGAACUGAAUCUCCACAAGUUCCCCAUGGAUGAACAGAAGUGCCAUCUGAAAAUCGGCAGUUACAGCUACACAACGCAGGACAUCAAGUAUCGGUGGAGACCCCCGAUGAGCAGCAGCGUGGAUGUCAGGAAUAGGAAUCUGGCUCAGUUUGCAUUGACGUCGAUAAUAGAAGUGGAAUACGUAGAGCACUAUGACCUAGGUAACUUCUCCAUCAUCCAAGUAGAGUUCACUUUCCAGCGUCGUCUCGGCUACUUUUUGAUACAAGUCUACAUACCGAGUAUCUUUGUCGUCGUCCUGAGCUGGAUCGUAUUCUGGAUGGACAAGGACAAUAUGGGCGAUCGCAUGGCUCUCGGCAUCACCACAGUUCUAACCAUCAUGUUUUUGUUGGGAGCAGUGAACGCCUCCAUGCCGAGAGUGAGUUACCCCAAGGCUCUAGACUGGUACCUCAUGGUGUCAUUCACUCUUGUCUUCUUGGUGCUGAUUGAGUGCAUGACUGUCUUCGUCAUCAGUAAAUACGGAGGCAGCAAGAAGAAAGAAAAGGAGAAAAAGGAAAAAGGAAUAAAAGGCUUGUUAACGAGAGUCCCGAUGCUUGAGAACUUGCGCAAGCUAGCAGGGAAGAACGAAAACACGCAACCGGGAGUCAAAUCAGAGGAAAUAGAGGUGAAAUGCGUGGAGACCGUUGAGCCAGCAGCGCAAAAUCUGCAUAACAGUCUAAAAGAAAUGGCAAGCAGUGACGAAAAAGGUUUACCCAACGACAGCAACAUUGACAAGUUCAGCAGGGCUGCCUUUCCGCUAGUAUUUGUAGUUUUUAACAUGGUUUACUGGAGUGUUUACUCGAACGGCUAUUAGUUGUUUUUACAUCAACCACCGGACAGCCUCUCUCUGCUGGUGUGCGUACUCAUUAUCUUGCUUCCACCAGCAAGAUAAUAACUACUUCUGAAACACUGGGGUAUAGUCAUAACAGCGGCGUAGGCAGGAUUUUUAACAGGAGGGGGCCCAAAAGGCCAUUUCAUUUCAAGGCAUUGUCUCUUGUGUUUUAGAUAAUGUCUCAUACAUUUACUGUAUUUUUGACUGCUAGAAGGGGGGACCGGGCCCGCCUCUGCAUAAGUUAUACGCCUGGUAUAAAUGCAAGCAUAGAAUAGACCGCCGGAAAUGUCUUUUCCUGUCGGAUGAACGAGGAAAGAUUGGACCACUUAUUUACCUGGGGUAGACCCCUAUUCCCUCCGACUUGGACAACAGUAUCGUAAUACAAAGAUCUCGCUAUAAACAGAACAAGGGGUGGUGUCUUUCCGCCUAGAGCCUCGUUUGAUAAGGGAGCCUAAAUUUUAUCUAUUAAAAAGUUUUUUUUCAAUUAUGAUCGUUAAAGGUGCUAGCCAGGAAUUUUUUGAGAGGGAGUGGUAAACUGUGAUUUGGUGCCCCUCUGUGUGCGCCUUUUUUAUGGAAUACAUAUCUGCAAGAUAUUAGAAUUUGAGAACUUGAUCUGAUAAACAAUAAAGGGUAACUUCCACAACUUA